ACCACUCUCCCCACUCGUCCUGGUCCAUCCAAGCUCGGCCAAGCAAUCAAGGUCGGCCUUAACACCUUCCAUGUUGAGAGCUUUCCCGAUAAGCCCGUCUACCAAUUCGAUGUCACCAUCGGCAAGGGUGACGAGAAGCGCGGCGCCAUCGCGGUGGUCUGGAAGUCAAAGGCCGUUCAGGCUGCUGUCGGUCCGAAGGCCAUCUUCGAUGGUAACAAGCUCAUGUGGAGCGAUCGCCCGAUCGACCGCGAGAUUCGCCUAACUGUCAACAUGAGCGAGGAGGACGGUCGGCCACCCGGUAAAGACCCCAACAAGAACAUCUUCCGUGUUGUCAUCCGUCAGACCAACACCGUGCGUUUCGACACUCUGAAGGCUCACCUUCAAGGCAAGGCUUCUUUCGACAACGGCUGUCUUGAGGCUAUCAACUUCUUUGAUCAUCUUCUCCGCCACUACCCGCGUCUGAAGUACACUCCAGUGAAGCGUGCCUUCUUCGCCAAGGGUGAGAGCCGUUACGAUCUCGGCAGUGGUGUCGAGGCCUUCAAGGGUGUAUACCAGUCUCUUCGCCUGGUCCAUCCCGGCCGCCUGUCCAUCAACUUGGAUGUCGCCAAUGGCACCUUCUGGACCUCAUUAGCCCUCACUCUAGCAGCCGUGAAGGUUACUGGAGCACGCGAUAUCGCUGACCUGUCCGCUAUGCUGUCGCGGGGUGGGCAGAGCAGUCGCGGUGCUCAGGCGCUCAAGAAGCUUCGCAAGAUCCAUGUCGAAGCCAAGCACCGCAACAGCACUGAGCCUGAUCAUUACUGCAUCGAGCGCUUCGAGUUCAAGGGCGCCCGCAACACGACCUUCGAUAAGGAGGAUGGCACGAAGAUUUCCGUGUACGACUUCUUUGCCAAGACGUACAACAUCCGCCUCCAGUACCCAGACUUGCCGCUUGUCAAGGCUACGAAGGGCAAGAACACGUACCUUCCCAUGGAGUGUCUCGUCAUCAAGGAGAACCAGCGUUACAAUUUCAAGAUGGACGAGCGUCAAACCUCGAACAUGAUCAAGUUUGCCGUCACCGCUCCACCUGAGCGCUGGACCGCCAUCGAGCACGGUCUGAAGAUGCUGUCGUGGUCUGAGGACCCGUAUCUCCAGAAGUAUGGCGUCAAGGUCAACCCCAAGAAGACCGUCGCCGACUCCCGCCUUCUGACCGCUCCUAAAGUCAAGUACGCCGCUGGAGACGCUAACCCCGGUACCUCCGGUCGCUGGGACUUGAAGGCGAAGAAGUUCCUUCAGUCAAACCCUCUGCCCCUCAAGUCAUGGGCUGUCUGUGUGAUCUCCGGUCGUCGUGGUGGCAAGCCAGACAAGGCUGUUAUCGAGAAGUGGAUCUCCGAGUUCUGCAAGGGCUACAUUGGCCUUGGUGGCAAGGUUGAGAACAAGAAUCCCGCAAUGUCGCUCGCCUCGGGUGACGACGCGGCCAACUGGGUCACUGCCGCUUGGAACGCCGCCGGCACUCAAUCCAGCGCUCGCCCUCAGAUGCUCAUGUUCAUUCUUCCCGACAAGGACUCGGUCACCUACGGCAAGAUCAAGCGCUCUUGCGAGUGCCGCUACGGCGUCGUUUCUCAGUGCGUGCAGUACGCUCAUGCCCAGAAGGCUCAACUUCAGUACAUUGCCAACGUGUGCAUGAAGUUCAACGCCAAGCUCGGUGGAGCUACUUGCCGCGCAAUGGGCAAGACCUCUUCCGGUCCCACUGGUCUCUUCACCAGCCCGACUAUGGUCAUCGGCGCCGAUGUUUCUCACUCUGCUCCCGGUGUGGACGCCCCAUCCAUGGCUGCAUUGACAGUUUCGACCGACAAGCUCGCCACUCGGUACGCUGCUGCCUGCCAGGCCAACGGCUACCGUGUAGAGAUGAUCGCUACAGAGGUGAUCAACCAAGAAUUGAAGCCCAUGGUUCAGCACUGGAUGGCGAACGUCGGCAACGGCAAGCUUCCUCAGACUGUGUACUAUCUUCGCGAUGGUGUGUCUGAGGGCCAGUACCAGCAAGUCCUUCAGUAUGAGGUGGCCGAUAUGAAGGCUCUCUUCAAGAUGGCUGACCCGAACAACAACACGAAGUUCGUCGUCAUCGUUGGCUCGAAGCGCCACCACGUUCGCUUCUUCCCUGAGCGCGGCGACAAGCAUGGAAACGCGAUGCCUGGUACUCUGGUCGAGAGCGGUAUCACCAACCCCAUCGAGAAUGACUUCUACCUCUGCGGUCAUCACGCUCUGAAGGGUACAGCUCGCCCCGUCCACUACUACGUUCUGAUGAACGAGGCCGGUGUGUCCAACGACUUCCUUCACACCAUGCUGUACGAGCAUGUUUAUCAGUACGCUCGUGCUACCACUCCGGUCUCCAUUCACCCGGCGAUCUACUACGCCCACUUGGCGUCCAACCGCGCUGUGCCUCACGAGGCU